CGCUACAGUAGGAGUUUGGCUGCCGCUACAAGGUUGCGCCGUGCUGUAGCCUAGUGAUCAUCAAAGCAAACAUUGCAAAAGCAAGUUAUUGCGUGUCGAUUUUAUGCGACAACAACAAAAAAAACGCGCGGCUAAUAUUGUUAUAAUCGCAUUGCAUCGACUUGGCCUACCCUGCUACGUGAAGAAAGCCUAGCAUAGGCUAACGAUAAACAUAUUGAUAUCAACGCACAGCCAGUGCCCGUGAACUUUGUCACAUAGUCCCUCCCUGGUGCAAUGUCCACCUCUUUCUUGUUGAGAAACGGUAAGAGGGUGUUUUCGAUAAUCGGCGGGGUGUGCAGAGGAACCGAUGCACUUUCCAGAGUUAAUUUUAUAUCGCGCCGCUUCAUUGUAGAUUUAUCAUACUCCACGCACUUCAUGGAUUUUAAAGGUUCUUCGAUACCGAGCUCCAUGAAAAAGCUGGUCGUAACGAAGCUCAGCCAGAAUUUCAGAGACGCCGUUGCCUUACAAACUGUUCCAGUCCCGACACCUGGCGACGGGGACUUGCUUGUCAGAAAUCGAUUUGUUGGAAUCAACGCCUCGGACAUCAACUACUCAGCAGGCCGCUACGACCCUACGGUGAAGCCACCGUUUGACGCCGGGUUCGAGGGCAUUGGCGAGGUGGUCGGACUCGGCCUGAGUGCCAGCGCCCGCUACACCGUUGGCGACACCGUGGCCUACUUUGCUGAUGGGGCCUUUGCAGAGUACACGGUGAUACCCAUGAUCAAGACCGUACCCGUACCCGCGGUGAAGCCAGAGUUCCUCACCCUGCUGUUAAGCGGUGCCACGGCUUAUAUCGCCAUGAAGCGGCUUGGCGACCUGGUGAAGGGCGAGACAGUGCUGGUGACGGCCGCUGCCGGUGGCACGGGCCAGUUCGCCGUGCAGUUUGCCAAACAGGCCGGCUGCCAUGUUGUGGGCACCUGCUCCUCCAAUGAGAAGGCUGGCUUCUUAAAGACCAUUGGCUGCGACAGGCCCAUCAACUACACGUCCGAGGACCUGAGCGCCACGCUGCGCAAAGAGUACCCACAAGGCCUGGACGUAGUCUACGAGUCCAUAGGCGGCAGAAUCUUUGACAUGGCGGUCAACAAUCUGGCCAAUAAGGGCAGGCUGAUCGUGAUCGGGUUCAUCUCAGGGUACCAAACGGCAUCAGGGGUCCCAACUGUUAAAGGAGGGACUCUGCCCGUGAAGCUGCUCCAGAAGUCAGCCAGUGUGAGGGGGUUCUUCCUACCUCACUUCCUGUCUGACUACAAGGAGGCGAUGGGAAGCAUGAUGCAGAUGUUUGCUAAAGGGAAGCUGGUGUGUGAAGUGGACUGUGGGGACAUGGCCCCCGAGGGCCGUUUUGUGGGGCUAGAGUCCGUCUUUAGGGCUGUGGACUACAUGUAUGCUGGGAAAAAUGUUGGAAAGGUGGUGGUUGAGGUGACUCCACCCUCACUGGACAGCAAACUGUGAUUUGCCUUGAUGUGAAUGCACUGGAAUCCUCAAACAAAUCAAAUGUAUGUAUAAUGAAAUGAACUAUGCAAGUACAUAUGUUGAAGGCAAAUUACCCAAACUGUGACAAUCUACAGUACUCUUGAGUUGAAUAUAUUUUUUGAACAGUUUAUUUCACCUGAAUCUAUUUUGAUAUUACUAAAAUGUUCUGUUCGAGACGGUUCCUUUAUGUUUUGAUGAUUGUAUUGAAUAAAGCAAAGCCAAAGUCCGAAUGAACGGGGAUCAUACUUGUAGAGUGAAGAUUGCUGGUGUAACAGAAGGUUAUCUCAAGAAAAGAAUACUGUACCCCUCUAGAUCAAAUGCCUCCCUCAUUCGUAUGCUAUCACACACACACACACACAGACACUUGUUUAAUUGCUCUGUGCUCAAGACUAGAGCUAACUAAAAUGUAAUCCUAUUAAAAUUUGUAUUUACAGUAACUAGA